AUGGAUCUUUCACUUAUAUACUCCGCAAACAAGCAGACCAAGGAUUCCUUCCCCCAUCUCCGCCGCCCGCCUACCCCUGAGCUCUCUCCUGGCUGGCCAACCCUGACUAUUGAAACCGGACUAUCCGGAUCGUUGUCCCAGCGUCGAAAAGACGCCUUAUGGUGGGUAUACAACUCUUCCGAUGAGGUCCGAGCCAACAACAAGCAGUUUCCUAGCAACCGUACUGUGAUCACGAGGUCGCAGUUACCGCUAAGACUUACACUACCAUUUGCUGCGGUGUAUGAUCGAGCACCGGUAGCGGUGGCAGGGGAGGGAGAUAUUGUUUUUACAGCGCAGGAUUUUCUGGGUAUCACUAGUAAUCUAUUUUAA